CCGUAUGUCCAUCAAGCUUCAGAGGACAAACUGAUAUUACAUUGCGGAGCGGACAAUUUGCAGCUGCAGCAGAUUUCAUGAGAAAGCCUGGAUGCAGCAUGCGCUCGCGUCCUUGGACUGGAGGCUCUGUCCCGUUUCUUUGAGAUACAGGAAAAAACAUUAGCAUUUGUUUAUUGACUCCGUUGUCUAAACAGCUAUGAGAUUUGGGCAAGGACACUGAAAUAAUUUAAGUUCUAAAGGGCUCACACAUCUGAAGUCCUCCACCACCGUCAGCCAUGAGCUAAGCCCACGCUGAGCCCCCUGGGAGUCCCUUGCAGGAUGACUGCUGUCUGCCCGUCCGAGAACAGCCCAGAGGGGGCUGAAGCCGGGGCCAGGACAGCAGGCGCUAGGGGCCCAGGGGCAGCAAGCACCGCUGGGAGCAUCUCAGUUUCCGAGCCAGAGGCCGGGGAGUCAAACGGAGACUCUGUCGGAGGCACGGUUGGAGGCACGGCCGUGGUCGGCGGUGGCCAGAGGUGCACGCGCUGGAGCCGCCAGGACAGCUCAGACAUCAACACAGAUGAUGAGGGAGCCACCAUCCGCCGCCUCACGCCACUGGAAAGGCUGAACCUGGAUAUGUGCCAGGAUGACAGGGUGGUCCGCGAGAUAACAGUGGGCAGACGGAUCGGCUUCUACAAAAUUCGGGGAGAGAUUGGCUGUGGAAAUUUCUCCCAUGUCAAGCUCGGAAUUCAUGCGCUCACCAAAGACAAAGUGGCCAUUAAGAUCCUAGACAAAACCAAGCUGGAUCAGAAGACCCAGAGGCUGCUGUCCAGAGAGAUCUCUAGCAUGGAGAAGCUGCACCAUCCCAACAUCAUACGCCUCUAUGAGGUGGUGGAGACGUUGACACGGUUACACCUGGUGCUGGAGUACGCAGGAGGAGGGGAGCUCUACACCAAGAUCUCUACGGAGGGGAAGCUUUCUGACACCAAUAGCAAGAUCGUCUUCGCUCAGAUCCUCUCUGCUGUGAAACACAUGCAUGAAAACAACAUCAUCCACCGGGACCUGAAGGCCGAAAAUGUCUUCUACACCAGCAGCUCCUGUGUCAAGGUCGGGGACUUUGGCUUCAGCACACUGAGCCCCCGCAGCGAGACUCUCAACACGUUCUGCGGCUCUCCGCCGUACGCGGCGCCGGAGCUCUUUCGGGACGAGCACUACGUCGGCGUCUUUGUUGACAUCUGGGCCCUGGGGGUGAUGCUGUUCUUCAUAGUGACGUGCACCAUGCCGUUCAGGGCAGACACCGUGGCCAAGCUGAAGCGAUGCAUCCUGGAGGGAGCCUACAUCCUGCCCACGUGGGUGCCAGAGGCAUGCCAGAGGCUGAUCAGGGGAAUCCUCCAACCCACACCAUCUGACCGCUGCACGGUAGAGCAGAUGAUGGGCUGCGAGUGGCUGCUCCCUGUGGACUUCCCGCAUGCCAUGGAGCCCUUUAAACUAGACCCAUUCUACCUAGCAGAGAGCGAUCCAUCUGAACUCGGGGGGGAAGAGGUGGAGGUAAAAGCAGCACUGGAGAUGCUGGGAAUCAGCGCAGAACACAUCCUCAACAACCAGGGGAAAGACUGCAGGAGCUCCAUCACAGGGUGCUAUAGGAUCCUGCUGCACCGUGCUCACAAGAAACGGGCUGCUGAGAGGGCGCCUGCGGUCGCACAGCCAGUCGGACCAACAGCAAAGACGAAAAAGGAACGGCUAAAAGUGUACCGUAGCUUGAGGCACACGUCUAAACUCUGUGUGGUUCUGUGACAAAGUGCUCUGCUUCGCUCUGGGAAUUAAUUAGCUUCAUUGUCUGGGGUGAAAUUACAUGGACUUUAUUAGCAAUUUAAAAAAAGUGCUAUUCAGUCCAGCAGUUUGAAUUUAAAUCAUGAUUAAAAAGCCCACUGAGCUUCUGAAAUCUGGGAUUUCUUACUUUGGUAUCUUUCUUCUAAGUAAUAUUAGUCUCUGUGAGAAUGUUGAUGCAGCUGAAUCACUGUUGUCUCCCUUUUGGGCAGGGACCUGUAGUGCUGAUGAGAUUUGGAAAUGUUUUGAAGUAUAAUUGAUUUGAGUAAACAUAAUGAUGAUUAGAUGGCAUACACAACUUUAAUCUGGGUCACGCAGGCCAGAUGUUUAUAGCCCACGCUCAUGCUAUCUAUGCUCAGCAAACACCAAUAAGCCCUAUAUGAGAAAUCACUGUAGCAUACAUCUAAAGGAAAAGAGAUCCACAAAAUGAUGCUGAGUUGAUAAAGUGGUGAAACAUGCAGCCCGAACAUGAAACAUGGGGUCUUCAUGUUCAAUUGCACUUUUCUUUGAUGCCUUAGUUUUCUUUCAUGUUAUGAAAUCAGCCAGACUGGUUUCAUUAUACUCCUUAAUGUUUGUGAUAACUUGAAUAGAGAUUUCACAUCUUACAUUAUGUGAUGUAUCUCUAUGAGACGUUCCUGCUGUUACACUGAUUUACCUGAAUGACUUCGCUCUAUUUUUCCUGUGGCCUAAACAAAACAGAUUCAUGUCAUUAAACUACAAAUACCAACAUACCAACCACCAAAGUUUUAUUAUUGAUCAUGUGGCAAAAUACAUCUUUUUAAUACAAACUCAGACAUUUUCGGAAUGAGUUUCAGUAAUUAUUAUUAUCUUUAACUAUCUGAUGCCAUGUUCAUGCUCAUGUGUUGAUGAAAUGAAAUUGAAAAAUGUAAAUGCAUUCAUCCUUUUUUGUGAAAUAUUUAUGAUGCUUUUGUGUUGUAAUCAUUUCAACACUAGAUAUACAUUCACCGGUAAUUUGUGAGCAAUUAUUCCAGGAUCUUUCUUUUUUCUAUUAUUAUUAUUAUUAAUAUUAUCACACAAUGCAGACUCUAGUGUGCGGCAAGCUAC